UAUGUACACGCACGACUUGGUUGCACGUCGCUGGGCCAAUUUGACAAUGCUAUAUAACCAGGCAGGCCUCUGCUUUACAGUGAGCUCUUUUCUAGUGAUAGAAGACAAAGAACUUUCUUGGCUUUGGUGGUGCUGGAUAUAACCGUGAAUUUGAUGAAUUUUUUUUGGAAAAAGUCAGCUGUUACCUGUAAGGAAAGUUGAGCAAAUUUCCACUGGAUCCCAACCAAGACUGUCUUUCCUGAAAAUAACAGAAUCAGACAAACUAUAUCUGGCAGUUCCCCGGAAGGACCAGGUUUUAGCAGUUGUUUUGUCUGCAGCUGACAUUAAAAUGGACUGCAGAAGUGAUCAUGAUGAAGAUAGUGAGAACUUUACCAGUCAGGAUCAUCAGCGUAAGAGGGUUGGAGGAAAAGAAUUAUGGGAUGAACAAAGUCCUCCUGCAAAAAAGCGUACAACUGAAAGUGAAGGAGAGGAAUGUGAAAUAUCAUUGCAGGAUUGCAAAAUGAAUGAAAAGAGCAGUGAAGAAAAUACGAACCUUCUGACCUCAUCGCCAGUUUUUAAAGAACCAUUGGUGAAGCUCCAAAGUUUAUCUGAUAAAGUGAGCGCUCAUUUGAGUGUAAGAACUGAUUCACUAGAAAGCUCAGAAGAUAGUUUACAGUCUACAGAAAACUUGUCAAGCUGUGAUGUUUCUUUGGGUUUCAUUGAAACAGAAUGUGAAUCACUUGAAAGUUCCAUGUUGUUCAUGGGAAACAGUUUAGAUGAUCUGUCAACAUCUGCUUUAGAUGAUGAUAAGGAUAAAAUAGGAGCAGAAUCUGCUGAUGGCACAUCGUCUCAAUCAGGAACCAAGGAAAAAAAGAAGAAAAGAAAGCGCAAACGAAAAACGAGUAAAUCUGAAGUUGAAAGUGUCGAUAAUAAACUGUUAUCAAAUAUGAGACCAAACUUUUUUGUUGGAGUUCAAGUCUCUGACAGUGAAAUUCACAAAAACAUUAUUAAAGUGCAAGAGGCAUUGCUAGCCUUUGAGCCAGCAUUCAGCAGAGCUCUUGUAGAUGUUGCAACAUCACAUAUAACGCUCCUCAUAGCUCGCAUCGAUGAUGAAAACGCUCUGUCACUAGCAACUUGUGCACUAGAGGAGUAUGUUAAGGGUCUUGAAGAAGAAGGCUUAGAACCCAUAAAAUUAACAUUUUCUGGCGUAGACAAUUUUUCAAAUAGUGUAAUUUAUGCUCGUGUCAUAGAGGAUGAGCAUCAUCAGAAGUUAAUCGACAUCUCUGCAGGGCUGCGCGAAGUUUUUGCAGAAAAAGGAGUGUGUAUGCCAAACACAAAGCCCCUGAACCCUCAUUUAACAAUAGCCAAGAUGUCUAAGGCUCCUCGGGGCAAAGGAAAGCAAUGUCCACGGAAAAUUGAUCCCCAUAGCUAUGAAAGCUACAAAGAACUGUUUAUUGGUUCUCAACCAGUUCAGAGCUUGCAGCUUCUGUCGAUGAAUCUCCCAAAGGAUGAAAAACGUUACUAUUACUGCUGCAAAGAAAUUCCCAUCGGUAAAAGUGUUGUUAAAAACACUGAUCACUCGCAAUGCUGCUUUCCUCGACGGCCAGUCAUUUCCAACCACACCCGCUCAUUCUCAACGAGAACACCCAAAGAACCUUUCAAUUUUGUUGCAUCAUCAGUUGGAUUUAUGACUGCGCUUGCAGCAUCACUCAUGAUCGUUUAUGUUGUCGGCAAAGUGAGCGGUAAAUUGUAGGAGACUUCUUCACCCUUAAGUGAUGUUCAUAGCUAAACAUUUUUUAUAUGCCAAGAGAUUUGUGAUAUUUUAAUACUGAAACUUAAAUGUUCUUUUAUAUGGAAUCAAACUUAGGAGAACUUUAGAUGUCUCAUAGCAUAAACUUUUCUAAGUAAAGUACAGUAUGUUCAUAAUUGUGUUGAAAGAUCAUAAACAUUUUUAUAUACUUAUAGAUCUGUGAUUUUUUAAUACUGAACUUGAAUGUACUUUCAUAAGGAAUCAAACAGAUAUGAGAUACUUUUAAAGUGUCUCAUAAUAAUUACUUAUUAACUGCCAUAAGUCACAUUUCUGUCUAUGUGGCCUACUGUUCAUCUAAGUAUAUUUGACUAUAUUUGUCAAUGUUAGAUUUAAGAAUGGCUGACAUAUGGAAAUAGUACUAGCAUUUAUAACUGAGGAUUUCGUUCCUGAAAUGUGUUUGUACACUUGAUUAACAUUUGAAAAUGUUAACUUUUAGAGGAUAAAACGGCUGAUGAAACUCACAAGAAACAGAUUACAAUAGAUUAGCUAAUCCAGUGCGAUGACUAGUCUUUAUAAGCCAUGAUUUCUUGUUAAAAUUUGUUUAUAAUCUUUGUGCCGUCCCUAUUUCCAUAAGUAAUGGAUAGUGUUGAGUGGGUGGAGUUGGUAUUUCUUAUGCUUUUCAAAUACUAAAUCCCCAUUAGUUUUUUGAUCAAGGGUUUGUCACACUAUACUUGGUUUAUUUUAUGUUCUUUUGGUAUUUACUUCUAAGACAGAAUGGUUAAGGUGCAGUAAUUUUUCAUUACUAUUGGAAGGAAAAUAAACAUAGCAAUUAAGCAGUUGUGAAAUGCAGGUAUAUCAAUACAAUGUGAGAAUCUUCUUUGAAGUAAGUUAUGCUAACCUGUUAAGGAAUAAGUAUAAUCCUUUUCAUAUAAUGUUCAGGUUUCUGAAAAUUACAAAGAAAAAUUCUUUGUAUUUUGAUUGCAUUUGCUCAGUUAAGUAUUUUUGUUGCUCACUGUGUGAGAAUAUAUUGCCAUUGGUUUGUUUCCAAGUGUUUCAUUUCUGGUCAACUUUUCUUGCUUGAUUGGAAGAUAAUUGACUACCUCUGCCAUGUACUGCUAUAUAUGAUUUGUCGUUUCUCUUACUAAGUAAGAUCUUUCAAUUAAGUAGAAGCCAAUGGUCUUGACUCACUGAUUCUUAAAUUAAAUAACAUCCUGUGCUUUUGCCCAGUUUAAACUAAUGGUUUUAGAGGUAAUUGCAAAUGAGUUUACGGUAAAGCAAUUGCUUGUCUGUAUCUGUGCAAGUUUUUAAAAAUAUUUAAAAAAUGUUCAUGGGUUAAUAUGUAAAUGUAUCAACAAGAUUGGAAGCAUGUUUAUUUUUGUAAGUCAAACUAGGAUGUUGAACAAGUUCAGUUUAACCAGUCUUAUUAGAGCUAAGAUUAUUAGCUCAGUGGUUUAGAUCAACAAUUUCUGUUCCUUUAGGAAUACAAACCAUUGCUUUUAUAUAGAGUAUCUCCACACACUCUGACAGUGCUGCUGCCAGUGCACAUGCUAAGUUUUGUCUAAGUGAGAGGGCAGUGCUUGUUCAUGAUGUACCUUCUCCAACCAAUGUUAGAGUACUGUCAGAUUUUUCUAGUGAGUACUCCAAGCACCCAUCAUUCACUGCUGGCUUUGUUACCAGGUACGGGCAGUACUGUGAUGCUGCUUCCUACCUUGAUAUGAUGUAUACAGGAGCUGAGGAGAGAGAGACUCAUGGUGGAGCAUGGGGGAAGAAACGAUAGUGCAUUUCAUUACUCUCUUCCUUAUCCUUGUGUUGCUCUCACUUUACUUUCUCAUUUUUGUCCACCUCAUCCUCCUCCAUGAAUAAAAGAAGUGAUCUUGGGAGCCCUUUCACAAGAAGUUUUACUGGACUUCAAGUGAAUACCUUGUAGACACUCAUGUUAACCCCCAAGAAUGUUACCAGCAGCAGCAAGUUCUUGGACCUUUGUAGGACCUGUCAUAGUUGCUCAACAAGUUGUGUAAUGUCCAGGCUCCUUUUAGACAAAAUGCAUGUUACCAUAGGUACUCAAGUGGGCGUAUGGUUGGAGGUUGAAUGGGUGAGCAACUGACUGUCUUUCCUUAUUUCUUUUAUCUUCAAAGUAGCAGUCAGGUCAAAUGUGUGCUUGGUUGGCCAUGAUGCAAGUAGAUUUCAUAAACAAGAAUCCUAUCUUAGAGGUUCAGCAUUUAAGGUUGAACUGUAGUAACUUUAUCUUUAGUGCAGUAUGGUACAUGGUUCUUCAAAAUUUUUCUAUGGUUCAGAUACAUCUCACUCUGUCUCAGGCCUCAGUCAGUAUUGAAGGAUACAGUAGUCAUUAAUCCUUUCUGGGUGGAGAUUUAACUUGCCAGUCAGUUGAAAGACUGUCCUCCCACCUAAAUUGGGAGUUCCCUAUAUAAUAAAUGAUGAUGGUUUAUAUUCCAUAACCAACAAAUCAUGAGUUGUUAGAGUAACUCGUACUUUUCAUAAGUAUACUAACCAAAGCCUUUUAUAAUCCUAUCUCAUCCACCCUGCAUAGCCCAGAUGUUGAAAUAAGUGCUUGAUGCAUCCCACCUGCCAAAAGUUAACUAUUUUGCUACCAAGUUUCAGCGAGUAAUAACAUCUCACACUGAGGAAUAUUCUUACAUAAAAGGCCGUGGUUUAUAUACCUAGGAAAUAUGCAAAUUACCUAAAAAAAAUUUGUGAAUGUUCAGGAGUAACUUAAAUACUACAGGGUUUUCAAGUAUUUAUGAGAAUGGUUGAGAUUUUGUGAUAAGUCUAUUAGUCUAAUAUUCUGUCUGGAAGGUUCAGAUUUGCUCAGUUUUUCUUUAUCAUUUAGAAUACCUUCCUUAUUUUCUGUUUGCAAAUAUUCUGCAAGUGGCAGUAUGUGUAUAUCUUAUAGCCAACUGAAAGGUUAUUAUAACUUGUUACUGAAAUAGCGCUUGUUUGAUCUGAGAGUAGAUCAUUGUUUAGCUUUUAGUCCUUGUUGCUUUAUAGGAGAUAGCAUUAUCUGCAGGUGAUAAUGUGCUUUAAUUUUAAUAAUGUUAGGUUUACAGGAUGAAAAGAAAUGUGUUACUUUUGGGUACUAGGAAUAAAUGUACAGUAUUAUGCAAUUUUUCUUUGUUUGAGCCUCCAAAGGUAGAUUACACUUAUAUGUUUAAUUUUACAUUUUUCUUUCCUUUAUGGCCGGAUAUAUGUUGUCACCCUUCACACAUGAAGGAGAAAUGAGCUCCUGUGAUUUUUUAUUACAGAAGAGUUUCGUAAUGAAUUUGAAUUUGUGCUGCUUUGUAACAUGCUUAAUGUUUUUAUUGAAGAGACAUAUUUCACGUAAGGCUUGAAAUGAAUUCAGCUUUAUGUAAUGCUUGAAACAACUUGAUAUCAGUGUCAUUGUACCAACUAUAUUUGGUGGAAAGCAGUUGGUAUUCCUGUGCUAUUUCAUUUUUGCACACAUUGAUGGCGUAUAACACAUCACCUGCAUUUUGUAUGUUUAGCUUGGAGGUCUGGUUUCACUAGUUUAACCAUCUUUUAUAGAUAAUAGAGCAUAUUUACUAUGAUGAAAAAUUACAUUGCUAUUCAAGAUGGCCCCACUGCUAGUUACCAAUGCUCCUGGGUUAGUUCUCAUACAGAGAUAUCUUAUAUUUCUUAUUAUUACCUCUUUUGUUAUAUGGUGUUGCAGAAAGAUAAAGACAAGGAAAUUAUGCUUUAACUUUGAAAGAUUUCUGUGCAAUGAUUUCAGUCAGUGAGUUGAGCUACCAGAAUUGGUGAGUGGCAUUGGACAAUUUGCUUUGAUCCUUAUUAUUGUGAUUUCAGGAAUUAAUGGUCUGUUCAGUUGGCAGUGUGGCCAUAUGUUGUCUUCUAAAAAAAUGGUAAUAAUACCAAUAGGAUUUGAAAAAAUAUCAUCUAGUUAAAUGGUAAUAAUACCAAUAGCAAUUGAAAAAAUAUCAUCUUUAUUUGCUGCAGCAAUUGCUAAAUGCUCUCGAUUGGCAUUGAUAUCCAGAAGUUUUUCAUCUUAAUUGACGUAGUAAUGGUAUAAAUAAAGUUCAGUCCUAUUAAUGACUGUUAAGUA